GGGGCCGCUGCCCCGGCUGCGUCCUCCCCAGCGCCGGGCUCUGGAAGGACCCGGCAGCGGCGGCCGCGUCAGCCCAUGGCCCGGAGGUACGAUGAGCUGCCCCACUACCCACGCCUCCCGGACGGCUUCUCUGAGGCAGCGCCCUCGGCACCCAGAGCCCCCGGGCCCUACGGCCCGCCCCGGCCCCCCCAGCCCCCUGCCCCAGGCCUGGACAGCGACGGCCUGAAGAGGGACAAGGACGAGAUCUACGGACACCCGCUCUUCCCGCUGCUGGCCCUGGUCUUUGAGAAAUGUGAGCUGGCCACGUGCUCACCUCGUGAUGGGGCCAGCCCGGGGCUGGGCAGUCCCCCGGGCGGCGACGUCUGCUCCUCCGAUUCCUUCAAUGAGGACAUCGCGGCCUUUGCCAAGCAGGUCCGCUCCGAGAGGCCCCUCUUCUCCUCCAACCCAGAGCUGGACAACCUGAUGGUCCAGGCCAUCCAGGUGCUGCGGUUCCACCUGCUGGAGCUGGAGAAGGUCCACGACCUGUGCGACAACUUCUGUCACCGCUACAUCACCUGCCUCAAGGGGAAGAUGCCCAUCGACCUGGUCAUUGAGGAGCGCGACAGCGGCUGCAAGGACGACCUCGAGGACUACCCGGCCCCCUGCCCCAGCCUCCCAGACCAGUCUACCACGUGGAUUAGAGACCAGGAGGACAGUGGGUCUGUGCAGCUGGGGACCCCAGGUCCCUCCAGCGGAGGCCUGGCCUCUCACAGUGGGGACAACUCCAGUGACCAAGCUUGCCUGUCACCUCCAGGGGAUGGACUGGACACCAGCGUGGCCUCUCCCAGUUCCGGGGGUGAGGAGGAGGAGCUGGACCAGGAGCGGCGGCGCAACAAGAAGCGGGGGAUCUUCCCCAAGGUGGCCACCAACAUCAUGAGGGCCUGGCUGUUCCAGCACCUCUCGCACCCGUACCCCUCUGAGGAGCAGAAGAAGCAGCUGGCGCAGGACACGGGGCUCACCAUCCUGCAGGUCAACAACUGGUUCAUUAACGCCCGCAGGCGCAUCGUGCAGCCCAUGAUUGACCAAUCCAACCGCACAGGGCAGGGCGCGGCCUUCAGCCCUGAGGGCCAGCCUCUGGCAGGCUACCCAGAGACUCAGCAGCAAGUGACUGUCCGGCCUGGGUCCGUGGGCAUGAGUCUGAACGUGGAAGGAGAGUGGCGCUACCUCUAGGGCCAGACUCAGGACAAGGGCCCAGCCCUGGGCGGAGAUCAUGGCUUCACACCUGGUUGGUCCCUGCCAGGCCCUCCAGCUUCAGGAUCCCCACCUUAAGGCCCCUCUACUCAUCGCCUACCUCCCUGGGGCCCCGCCAGGACAUGGGGACCUGCAUGCCCACCCAAGGAUCUCUCAAGGACCAAGCAAGACCUCCAGGCCCUAGGCCCUGGGCCCUGAGCUGAGCACCUGGGCCUGGGUCUACAGAGGACAGUGGCUGGGGCCCCGCCUCUGGGGCAGAGAAGGGAGGGGGAAAGCUGGGGCCGAGGAGGAGGGAUGGCCUCCCAUCCUCAUCUUGGGGAGACCCCUGCCUGCUCCUGCCCUGCACCCUGCUGCCUCCCCCACCGUCCUUCUCUGGUGUCUUCUACUUUUUUUAAAAU